UUUAUCUCCAAUCGCUACACGUCAAUUUUAAGUCACUAAAAUUUGUGUGAAAAUAUAGAUUCUAUUUGCUUGAACAGAAAACAGGCAAGAAAAUGGGACUGACCAUAUCCAGUUUACUAACGCGGUUAUUUGGCAAAAAACAAAUGCGAAUUUUAAUGGUUGGCCUGGACGCUGCCGGAAAGACAACCAUAUUGUAUAAAUUGAAAUUGGGCGAAAUUGUAACAACCAUACCUACCAUAGGAUUCAAUGUGGAGACGGUAGAAUACAAAAAUAUAUGCUUUACUGUUUGGGACGUCGGCGGCCAGGACAAAAUUCGUCCACUAUGGCGUCAUUAUUUUCAAAAUACACAAGGCCUAAUUUUUGUUGUCGACUCGAACGAUCGUGAUCGAAUAACCGAGGCUGAAAAGGAACUACAAAAUAUGCUUCAAGAGGAUGAACUUAGGGAUGCUGUUCUUUUGGUAUUUGCAAACAAACAGGACCUGCCCAAUGCAAUGAGUGCAGCAGAACUGACUGACAAGUUACAUUUGAAUCAAUUGAGGAACCGUCAUUGGUUUAUUCAGUCCACUUGCGCCACCCAAGGACACGGCUUGUACGAGGGACUAGAUUGGCUGUCAGCCGAGUUGGCCAAAAAAUGAUUAUUGACUCAAACUACAAUAAUUUCCAAGAAAGCGCUAAGAUUGUCUUUUCUCUUCAAUC